AUGUACUUCACGCGAUUCGAUGUCAAGUCGGUGAGUGGUGUUCCUGGUGUGAUAUUUGCCCUUGGAUCGUGUGGCGCAGCGACGCUUAAACUCCACGGGCCUGUCGGGCUUCACGGAUUUCUUGGCGCCAUCCGGAGUUUUGUACGGAGGAAAUACCCUCAACUUCAAAGUAUUGAGAUCACGGGCCCAAGCAAGGACCAAAGUGCAGAACGAGACUUUGAUGAGUCAAUUCAGUAUGAUACCUGGGGCGAAGGAUCCGAACGAAUCGAUCAACAUGCACUGAUAUUACCGAUCGCACUUGGCGUUGGGGUUGAAGCGUCAUCUGACCAUUCCGUCGAGCCUCAAUGUUGUAACCUUUGCGAGAAGAACGCCCCUAGAAAACACAUACAAGAUAUGUCGGCGGAGGUGAGCAGUAGCACCGUGUCUACAAAUGCAAGUCAGCGUCCUAGCAACCAAGUUGGCCGAAGGCUGGAAAACGAAAGUGACGAGCACGAACAAGUUCGAGAAUGGCUUGUGCAGUAUUAUACUGAGAAGGUACCAGCAAAGCUUCCUUACAUCGACGUUGUUUUAAACCGAUAUCGUGGACGCUACGGCGACUUGAAAAGCCAACUAUGUGCAAAACAACUCGAUCGGAGGUGGAUGGAAAAGUUUUACGCAGAAUUCCAGCCAGAUAAACUCGUCCAUAUAGACAGAGUGUUACGUCAGUUCUCAGGACGAGAAGAUACGCUAAAGGGAAUGCUCCUGAAAAACUCUCUUUGCUACGUUGUGCAGCUCCAGUAUGCCCCUUAUCCAGUGGUGUGGAUCAUUGACUGCCGCACUUCGGAUCAUAUCUUCGACUUGGAACGCAAGUUUUCAGUCACUGCAGCUAGCAGCUACUGCGAAGCUCACUUGCCUUCGCUAGUGGUGCACUUGAGUCCAGCCCAUGUACAAGCGCAACCGCGAUACAAGCAAUGGAUGACAAAUCUUUCAUUGUCAACUUCGCGACCAGAACAGUUGGUCUUUGAUGGGACUGCGCUUCAGUCAGUCGCCCAGGGUGUCUUUAGUUACGCGUUUGUUUCUUCCGCCAAGGUUGCUUCCCCAUGUCGACGACAAGUUGUGAAGCAUAUCGAAGGAUGCGAAGCUGAAGCACAUGUCGCUCAGAGCAAGUUGCAGUUCUGUCUUCUGCAUCCGAAGAACAUGCAGUUAGGAUUUAAUUACGAGCGCACCGGAAAGUUAAUUGUGCUGGGUACUGGGAGCGCCGCACCUUCCAAGCUUCGUGCAAGUAGCGGCAUCUACUUAGAGUUGUCGGGAACAAAUGCUGCUGACGUUGAAAGUAUGUUGGUGGACUGUGGCGAAGGAACGUACGGGCAGUUGUGGCGCCAAUUUGGUGAUGAGGUUGCGGAACGUAUUGGUGGGUUGAGGUGUAUUUGGAUCAGCCACAAUCAUGCGGAUCAUCACUGUGGUCUAGUGCGAGUGCUUUACGAGUUUUGGUACUUCCACAUGCGUCGGAAGGAUGGCAACAGCUCACAUUCCCUGGUGGUGGUAGCACCUCAGUCAGUGCUGUCAUACGUGGAGAGCUGGCUACCGCAAUUUCUUCGCAAUGACUCUGAUUAUCAGUUGAUAAGGUUGGCGACAUGUGAGACUUUCAACAAUCCCAGACAUCCACUUCGCUGCCAGCUCUUGGCGGAGAUCAGCUAUGCCGUGACCAGUAUUACGAGUGUGCGAGUGUUUCACUGCUACGACUCGUAUGGCCUCGUGCUGACUUUACAGGGUGGAAAGAAACUCGUGUACUCUGGAGACACUAAGCCGUGCAACGAUCUCGUCUUGGCUGGAAUGGGCGCUGAGUUGCUGGUCCAUGAAGCGACAUUCGACGAUUCGAUGGAGCAGGAUGCAAAAAUGAAAAAGCACAGCACUGUUGGCCAGGCUCUCGAUAUUGCUCAACGCAUGCGCGCACGCCAAGUUAUCUUGACGCAUUUUAGCCAGAGGUAUCCUGCGCUCCCACCACCGGUAUUGGACUCCAGUGAACGCUCGAGCAUUGAUCCAGCCACUGUGCUGUGUGCAUACGAUGGUUUCGUGCAUCCGAUGCCGUUCUAA